CAACCUUUAUACUAUUCUCAUAAAGCAAAUUAAAUAAUAAAUAUCAUAAUGUCAAACACAGUUGCAUCUUUCUCCGGUGACACCGGCUAUAACCUCACAUCUAUUUCUAAAGUUGAAAUCCCAACCGUUCCAAAGGAUGCUCUUCUUAUCAAGGGUAUUGCUUAUGCUGCCAACCCAACCGACUGGAAGCAUUUAGUGUAUGGUCUUGGACCAAAGGGAUCUAGAUUGGGUACCGACGUUGCUGGUGUUGUUGAAGAAGUUGGAUCUGAAGUUAAGGGCUUCGAAAAGGGUGACAUUGUUUCCCACUUCAUGCAUGGUAACACCAACCCAGAUAAUGGUGCAUUCCAAGAAUACCUCAUUGCUAACCCAGCUACUACCAUCAAGUACAACAAGUCUGGUUUCAAGACUGAAGCUCUUCCUUCUGGACAAACCACCCCAAUCGGAAAGAUUGACACUUUCGAAGGUGCUGCCUCUGUCACUCUCGGUCUUGUCACUAUUGGUUUGUCAUUCUCUCACCAUCUCAAGAUUUCUUCAAACAAGGCUGACAACGCCGACAAGUACAUUUUGAUUUGGGGUGGCGCAACUGCCACUGGUUUCCUUGCCAUUCAAGUUGCCAAGCUCGUUUACGGCUUGAAGGUCAUUGCUACUGCUUCCAAGAAGCAUCAUGAAUGUUUAAAGAACAUUGGUGCCGAUUAUUUGGUUGAUUACAACGACAAGGACGCAGUUGACCAAAUCAGAGCCAUCGGUGGUUCCAAGAUUAACUAUGGUUUCGAUGCUGUCUCUAACAAGGAUACUUUCCAAUCUCUUUACGAUGCCACCUCUGAAACCAAAGAUGUCAGACUUGACAACUUGUUGUUCCUUUCAGAAAAGGAUAUCAACGCUGACCCUAACAGAAAGGUUUACAUUGGUGAAACCUUGGCUUACGUUGUUACUGGUGAAAAUGUUAACUUUGGUGGACACAUGGUUUACUCUUCUCCAGAAUUGAUUGCCGCCUACACCAACUUCUGGACUGAAAUUUUACCACCAUACAUUCCUCAAUUAGUUCACUCCAACUUGAAGGUUUUGACUCCUGGUUUCGAAUCUAUUGAUGUUGCUUUCUCCUUGUUGAGAGAAAACAAGGUCAGUGGUGAAAAGCUUGUUUUCAGAAGAGAAUAGAUCUCUUUCCUAAGAUACGAUAAUUAUAAUGUAACCCUAUUCU